UUGGUGGACAUGUGCUUUUGCUGACUGCAAGACUCUUUGGGAGACACCCAGACACAUCAGGACCAAAAAAUGGAGCCAGUGACCUUUGAGGAUGUGACUGUGGCCUUCACUGUAGAAGAAUGGGCUUUGUUGGAUUCUAGUCAAAAGAAGCUCUACAGAGAUGUGAUGAAUGAGACAUUUUUGAACCUGAUCUACAUAGAGGAAGCACUACAAGAAAAUAUUGAAGAGGACUGCAAAGAUCUCAGUAGAAAUAUGGGAACUCCAAUGGUUGAGGAAGACUGUGAUACUGAGUAUGAUAAAAACCAGGAACCUAUUUCAGAAAAUAUCACCAGUAAAGAUAUGCCUCCUCAAGUAAGAGUUCAUGAAAGACCAUUGCUUUUAAGAAACAUCAUUGGCCAUUCAUCCUCACAUGAAAAAACUAUACAGAUACCAUCUGUGUAUACGGAAGCUAUGGCAAAACUUUAUAGAUAUCAAAGAUAUUGGAAAGAUAUCAGUCAUUCUGAAUCACAUCAGUUUCUUGAGGAUUCUAGCGGGGAACCCCGGAAAUGUCAACAAUGUAAUGAAGUCUGUAGGAGUCUUUCUUCUGAUCAUCCUCAGGAGAGAAGUCACGGAGAUAAACUCAAUGAGAAUGAUUCUAUGAGAGACACACAUGACCAGAAUGAUAAAAGGAUCCUUGAAGAAGUGAAACCCUUUGUGUAUAAGCUCUGUAAAGAAUCCUUCAUUAAUCCCAGUGAUAUUUUCAACCUCGAAAAAAGUCAUAUUGUACAAAAUAUAUUCAAUUGUAGGCAAUAUGACAAAACAUUUAAGUAUGCAGAAUAUUUUGGGAGUCAUAAAGUAACUCAUACAGAAGAGAAGCCUUAUGCUUGUAGGCACUGUGGAAAAGCAUUUACCGGCUCCAGUAUUCUGAAUGUUCAUGAAAGGAUUCACAGUGGAGAGAAACCUUUUACUUGUAGGCAUUGUGGAAAAGCCUUCAGUCACUCCAGUAGCCGUACCAAACAUGAAAGAAGGCACACUGGGGAAAGACCUUAUGCAUGUAGACAUUGUGGAAAAACCUUCAUUGACAUCAGUAGUCAAAAAAGACAUGAAAGUGUUCACACUGGAGAGAAGCCUUUUGUAUGUAAGCAUUGUGGAAAAGAAUUUACUCGCUCCAGUACUCUCAUCAUUCAUGGAAGAAUUCAUACUAGAGAAAAGCCUUACACAUGCAAGCAUUGCAGCAAAGCUUUCAGGGACUCCAGUAGUCGUAACAGACAUGAACAGAGACACACUGGAGAGAAACCUUAUUCAUGUAAGCAUUGCAGCAAAGCUUUCAAGGACUCCAAUAGUCGUAACCGACAUCAAAGUAAGCACACUGGAGAGAAGCCUUUUCCAUGUAAAAAUUGUGGAAAAGCUUUUGUUGACUCUAAGAGUCUUAAGAGACAUGAAAGUCUUCACACCAGACAGAAGCUAUAUGUGUGUAAGCAUUGUGGAGAAACUUUCAGGGACUCCAGUAGUUGUAGCAAACAUGAACGGAGUCACACUGGAGAGAAGCCUUAUGCAUGUAAGCAUUGUGGCAAAGCUUUCAGGGACUCUGGUAAUUGUAAAACACAUGAACGCACUCACACUGGAGAGAAGCCUUAUACAUGUAAGCAUUGUGGAGAAGCUUUUAGGAACUCCAGGAGUCGUAACACACAUGAAAGAAAGCACACUGGAGAGAAGCCUUAUGCAUGUAGGCAUUGUGGAAAAGGCUUCACUGACCCCAGUAGUCAAAAAAGACAUGAGAGUGUUCACACUGGAGAGAAGCCUUAUGCAUGUAAGCAGUGUGGAAAAGCAUUUACACGCUCCAGUGACCUCAUCAUUCAUGGAAGAAUUCAUACUAGAGAAAAGCCUUAUGCAUGCAAGCAUUGCAGCAAAGCUUUCAGGGACUCCAAUAGUCGAAACAGACAUGAAAGAAGGCACACUGGAGUGAAGCUGUAUGCAUGCCAGCAUUGUGGCAAAGCUUUCAGUGAGUCCUGUAAUUGUAAAAGGCAUGAAAGAAAGCACAUUGGAGAGAAGCCUCAUCCAUGUAAAUAUUGUGGAAAAGCUUUUAUUGACUCUAGGAACCUUAAGAGACACGAAAGUCUUCACACAGGAGAGAAGCUGUAUAUAUGUACACAUUGUGGAAAAGAAUUUACACGCUCCAGUUCUCUGAUCAUUCAUGGAAGAAUUCAUACUGGAGAAAAGCCUUAUGCAUGUAAGCACUGCGGCAAAUCUUUCAGCGACUCCAGUAAUCGUAACAAACAUGAACGUAGUCACACUGGAGAGAAGCAUUAUGCAUGUAGGCAUUGUGGCAAAGCUUUCAGGGACUCCUGUGGUCGUAACAGACAUGAAAGAAAGCACACUUGAGAGAAGCCUUAUGCAUAUAGACAUUGUGGAAAAACCUUCAGCAUUUCUACUUGUCCUCAUCUUCCAUGAAAAAAAUCCCAGUGGAGAGAUGCCCUUUGUAUGUAAAGACAGGCCUUAUGCAUGGAAGCAUUUGGAAGGCCUUCACCUGCUUUGCUGAUCAUAACAGACAUGAAACAGUUCACACUAGUCAGUAGGCUAAUGCUUGUUAGCAUUGUGGGAAUGCCUUCAGUAGUCCCCCUUGGCACUAGACUAAUUAAAACAUUCACAAUGGAGAGAAAACCCUUUGUAAACAUUUGGGAAACUUUAUUCUUGUCAUUUUAUCAAGCAUAAUGGGAAAGCCUUGACCACUUCUAGUUUCUGUAAUCCUCAUGUAAGAAUUUGUACUGAAAAGAAGCCCAAUGCAUGUAUGCAUUUAUGUAUUAUUCAAAAUCCUUCACUAGUUGCUGCUGCCAUGAGGUCUCAAGAAUUCACCCUGGAGAGAGUCCUUACAUGUGUGUGUGUUAAAUUCUUUAGCAGCUAUAGUUACUAUUAUACUCACCCCUCCACCCCCACUGGUGAAAGCCUUUACAUUUGGAAUAAAUGAGGAAAAAUAUUCAAAGUGUUUAGGAUGAAUAUUUUUUGUUAUUGUUUUUUGAGACAGUUUCUCUACUGUUUUUGGAGCC